AAUACAGUUUUAAGUGUUUUUCAACGUUUUACUAUGCACUUAUGAUAAAAUGAUUAUCAUGAAAUUAACUUUUUGGCCAAUUUUAAUUUUUAUUGUAAUUAUUCUUAUUAUCUUUUUUUUUUAUUUUUUUGCCAUUUCAGUAUUAUCAGCUUUUUCUCAACCACGGAUUUCAUAUCAAUCUGAGCUAUAUUGUAAAGUUAUAUCAGAAACAGGAGAAUAUGAUAAAGUACAUUUUAAUACAUUAGAUGUGCCUGCAGAGGUUUUUCUGUCAGUAGUGGUUCCUGCUUUUAAUGAAAAAUUACGACUUUCAAAAAUGUUACAAGAGACUGUAGAGUUUCUUUCUAAGUUUGAAAAGCAGCAAAAAUGGGAAAUACUUAUCAUAGAUGACGGAAGCACUGAUAAUACUUUUGAGUAUUCUGUAGAAUGGGCCUUAUCUAAAAGUAAAACUUUAAAACAGGGAGAAAUUAGAAUAUGUUCUUUGAAAAAAAAUAGAGGAAAAGGAGGUGCUGUAACACAUGGAAUGAUUCAUUCUCGGGGAGAAUAUAUUAUAUUUGCUGAUGCAGAUGGUGCAUCUAAAUUUUCUGAUUUACGUUAUCUUUUAAAAGAAAUUAAAAAAAUUGAGGAAAAUGGAUAUGGUAUUGCUAUAGGGUCUCGUUCUCACAUGGCAUCGAAUAAUAUUAUUCUAAAGAGAUCUAAAAUCAGGAGUUUUAUGAUGUAUGUUUUUCAUAAAUAUUUAUGGUUUAUGGGAAUAAGGCAUAUUAAAGAUACUCAAUGUGGAUUUAAAUUAUUUACUCGUAAAGCAGCUUUAGUAAUAUUUUCAAAUAUACAUGUAGAAAAAUGGAUAUUUGAUAUAGAAAUAUUAAUUUUAGCUGAAAUAUUUUUAAUACCAGUGAUUGAAGUUCCAAUAACAUGGCAUGAAGUUUCAGGUAGCAAAUUAAGUUUAAUAAGUGACAGUUUACGAAUGGCAAUUGAUUUAUUAGUUAUGAGAUUAAGUUAUAAAUUUGGAUUAUGGAAGAUUAAAAAAAAAAAAAUCAUAAAGUUUUAA